AUGGCUGCUGUCACCUGCACAUCUACUCCUCCUCCUGCCGAGUACGACGACGCUUGCACUGAACCACGCGUGAUAAUCAGCGAGGUUGCGGCCAGCGGUGCAGAUGGAGAGCCGUGUCAUGACGACUGGGUCGAGCUAUUCAAUCCGCACCCGACCCGUUCUGCGCCUCUGCUUGGCCUCGUGCUGUCUGACGAUCACGGCUUCGACCGCAGCGACCGGCUCGCCCUCGGCGCUUCUGGGUGCCCAACUUCGCUCGCAAACAGAUCGUACCUCCUCCUGUGCAGGGCGGACUCGCCCUGCGGCUUCGCCUUUGGUAUUGGUCGGCACGACGUAGUCCUCCUCUUCAACGCCAGCGGCAGCCCGCUCGACGAGACGGCGGGGUGCUGCGCGAACAGCGCGCAGCGCAGCUUCGGCCGCAGCCCUGGCGGCGCAUGGACUGAGCUCGACGUCCGCACCCCGGGCGCUCCAAACACCGGCGUGGCGCACGCACCCCCACCAGCACCGCCGACGGCGCCACUGGCGGGCUCCGCGCUCGGUCUCGGCGACCUGCGGCAUGUUGCGACGCUCGUCGUGCCUCCCCCGCGGCCGGGCGCCGCGGCCGUCGUCGACCUGUCCGGAGUUGCAGUGGCGGCGUGGGAGGACCUCUCGUCGGGCGGCUGGCGGGCCACCUUGCAGACGGUCGUGAACAGCGAGCCGGCGGUAAUCGAAGUUGAGGUCGAGGCGACCUCCGCGGCCUCGCCUCCCGUGCUGCGGCGGCGCCGAACCUUCCUCCUCGAAGGCUUCGAGGACACCGAGGGCAUCGCCCUCCUCCCUUCCGGUCAAGUUGCGAUCGCGCAGGAGCGGCGGAUGGCGGUGAGCGUCCUCCUACUCCCGCCCGCCAGCAGCUCCGAGGGAGACACGGCGAGCCACCUCGAGACCCGGCUGGGACUGGGCGCGGCCAACACUUUCGACACAAGGCUGCCCGCCGAGAGGAACAAGGGGCUUGAGGGCGUCGCGUACGACCCCGAGCAGGGCCUGCUCUACGCCGAGAAGUCGCCCAUCCGCGUCGUCGCGCUCAACCUCACCACCGGAGCGGUCGCCGACCUCUUCGACGCACCGUCUGUGCUCGGCAGGCACGUGAGCGACCUGGCGGGCGCGUGGUUCGCGCCGCGGCAGCGCGUCCUCCUCCUUCUCUCCCAAGAGUCUCGCCUCCUCGUCGAGGUGCGCGCCGUCCAGCGCAUCAGCGGCACGCAGCCGGAGGGCGUCGCGCUCUCGCCCGACCUGUCGACCCUCUUCCUCGCGUCAGAGCCAAACGAGCUGCUCGUGUACCGCCGGCCUCCCUCGCCGCUCUCGCCGCCGCCGCCGUCGCUCAUAGUAGAAGGAGGCGUCAUCGCCGCCGUGGGGGUGGUGAGCGUCUACGACCCCGUCAACUUGGAAACGGUCGGCACCCUCGACGUCGGAGCCGCCAUGGCGCUCGAGUGCCAGGAGGUCGACUGCAUCUACGAGGACAUGGACUUCGGCGGCGGUUCGGCGCCAUGUGGCUACGCUCCGAUGAAGAACAUCAUCUUCGACAAGGGCGACUGCUCGGCGUGCGCCGAGUCCGGCACGUGCGACGCCUCCAUGUGCGUCUACACCUCGAACCCGGGCUACAACGCCGGCACCCUGUCCGUCGACGCGAGCGUCAGCACCGUCGAGGGGUGCCAGGCUGCAUGCGUUGCCGACAACGCCUGCGAGUUCUUCUCGUGGGAGAACGAGGUCUGGGCCAACGGCGACACGUCCUUCUUUGGCGAGACGUACAACGGCGGCCCGUACGGCACCGCCUCGCGCGAGGGCGCCGACAUCUCCUCGACCGACUGCGAGUCCUUCGUCCACUGGGAGGCAUCACACCACCGCCAACACCACCCGCCAGCACCCUCUCCGCCACCCGCGCACAAGAGCCAGACCCACCGCGGCGACCUCUGCACCGGCAUCACCGAGGAGCAGUGCAACGGCAUCCCGGACGCGCAAGUGGAGGGAGGUGCGUGCACGCUCGGGGGCGCCGGCCGCUCUGGCCCAAACUACGGCGACGAUGUCCUCUGCACCGACCUCGGCGGCACCGUCUCAUCGCCUGAGUGGGUUGGCGGGCCACGCUACGCGUUUGGCUUCGCCCCGGGCAACCACUACACGCACGUCUACGACAAGGACUGGAUCGGCGCGUCCGGGCCGGCGUUGUGCGGCAACUUCCGCGCCGAGUCCGUCGGCGUCACGCACGUCCCAAACUACCCAAACGCGAUCGUCGCCGCCGCCUCGCCGCACCACUACUCGUUCGCGGACGGGAUGCUCGCCUUCUUCGACGCGAAGACGCUCGACUUUCUUGCGCAAGAUCUCGUGCAUCAACGAGGGGUCGGCGCUCGAACUCUCCGAGACCCCGCUCGACGUCGAGGGCUCGAUGACCAUGACUUCUCCCCGCCCAACUUCCUACCCGGCGCCUGGAAGCACGCGCCCGAGUUCCGCACCGACAUGGUGCGGCUUUUCGGCCCCAACGGCAACAACGUCACGUACGACAUGAGCCCGAAGGCGGUGCCUCAACGCGAGGCCAUCUCAACAAAGAAGGGCGGCAAGUCCACAUACGACCCCAUCGCAGUCGCGCCAGAGCGCGAGGUGGUGGUGGAGGAGAAGCUCUCCACCGGCGCCAUCAUCGGCAUCGCCAUCGGCGCCUGA